UCAUAUAUAAUAUAUUGUAGAUAGAUAUAGGCAAUACAAUCUUCAUUCGGCAUCAACUUUGCCUAUACCAAAAUGAGUCCGACAUCAACACCCGCGAUACUGCAUCUUGCAUGGAUAAUUUCUUCAGCAUUACUCUACGAAAUUCUACGAAUCAUAGUUGCACCGGCACUGUUUCAUUGUUACACAAAAGAUUAUGGACGGCUAUCGACGGGAAAGAAGCGGGCCUGGGGAAUAAGAUUUUCUUCGAUAUCCAACAGUAUCAUUGUCGUUACACUGGCUGUGGUUUCAUUAUCUAAACCGGGAGUUUGGACCAAUCCUUUUCAAGCUCAUCCUUGGUCGGUCCAAGCAAGUAUCUCCAUCACAGCCGGUUACUUUGUUGCAGAUAUGUAUUGGAUGUUACGGUAUCCCGUGGAAUCAGGAGCUCAUUACGCCUAUAAAUUUCAUCACGUGUUUUCUCUGUUCGGAUUUUACAGUAUUCUGAGCUAUCCUAUGUUGGGACACUUGUUGUCGAUUCGUUUGUUGUCUGAGUUAUCCCAACCAUUCUUACAUUUCAGGGAAUUUUUGAAAGACGCCAACAUCAAGCUACCUAUUUUUUAUGUUUUGAACGCACUUUGCUUCACGAUGACUUUUAUUACUUUAACUCGAAUUUUUUCUCAAUUACUAUUCUAUACAAAGCUUUGGGAAAUUUUGGGUGAUGACCGGUUUGACAGAGUUCCGAUGUAUAUCCACAUGAUGUGGUUUUCUGCCGGUGCGUUUCUUGACAUUCUCAAUAUUUACUGGUUUACAUUACUAGUACGUGGAAUGUGGAAAAUUUUGAUGGAAUAUUGCACAAAACAAACUGAACUAUAGCAUUGAUACAAGUGAUGUUUCACUCUGGUGUUGGGCGAAUAGCCUUGAAGAAAACCGGUUAAAAACUCUGGCGAUUCCUGCACUAACCUAGUGUUUCUUCAGAACUAGUUUUAGUUCGUAGCUGCUGCAAUGUAAAAUUGCCACAGCACCAUAAUAAGCAAAAUAAUAAUCUUUGCAGUAUAUUCAACAGAAAUCUGUUUGGUACAAUAUAGGAGUCCAGCAAUCUGAAACUUUGUCAAUCAUCAAAUGUUGUCUCGUGGUGUAGCGACAUCUUGUGUGCAUAACAGGAAAGGCAAUCUAUGUUUGACAGGUUGCGUGAAAAUGCUUCACUCAGAAAUGCUUUAUUAGGACAUAUUGGUAUUUCAUAUUCCCUUUUUUUGUUUGCAAUUUUGUUUACGAAUGUAAACAAAACGCUCAUAUUCGCCAUAUUCGAAGUGCACUCGUGAAAAAUACUAAUACUUCGGUCUAAAUAAAUGAAGUUUUCGA